ACCCAUCGCCGUAUUUAUCUCAUUCAUUCUAUCCAAUAUGCGUAGUUCGUUAUUCGGAUCCCUCGUCCUCGCUGCUACCCUCGUCUCUGCCGUUCCCGUCAUCGUUGAACGCGAGCCAGGUUUCCCCUCCUUCCCCAAGCCCGCUAAGGGUGGGAACGCUCAGACAGGCGACUCUGGAGACGCCAACGGCGGCGACGUCGUUAAUGAGGGUUGGAAGAUCAAGAACUACCCCUGGGCCAACGAAGCUGGCAAUGGCGGUUACACCAAGUCAGGAACUGCCGUGGGGGGUGACGGCAAAGGUGGAGGAGGCAACGCUAAGUCGGGAGACUCUGGUGACGCCAAUGGCGGUAGCGUCGGCAACUUUGGCGGCACCGUCAUCAACGGCAAGGGAGCUAACACGGCCGGCAACGGUGGUACCUCUAUCAGUGGGAACGCCUACGGCGGGAACGCUUGGAAGCGUGGAUACCCUUCCUUCCCUGGCUUCGACAAGUACAAGGACCAGGGUAAGGGUGGAAACGCUCAGACUGGCGACAGCGGCAACGUGAACGGCGGUGAUGUCGUCAACGAGGGUGGCUACAUCUGGAAUGGCUGGGGAGCCAACCAGGCCGGCAACGGUGGUUACACCAAGUCAGGAACUGCCGUGGGCGGUGACGGCAAAGGUGGUGGAGGAAAUGCCAAGUCAGGUAACUCUGGUGAUGCCAAUGGUGGAUCCGUCUACAACAGCGGCGGAUACAUCGAGAACGGACCAGGAGCUAACAAGGCCGGUAAUGGUGGUACUUCUAUCAGCGGAAACGCAUACGGCGGAAAUGCUUGGAAGCGUGGAUAUCCCUCCUUCCCUCAGUUCGGAAAGGGAGGUAAUGCUCAGACUGGUGAUUCCGGUGACGUGAACGGCGGAGAUGUCGUUAAUGACGGUUACAAGAUCUUCAACGGUCCCUUUGCCAACAAGGCUGGUAACGGUGGUUACACCAAGUCAGGAACUGCUGUAGGUGGUGACGGCAAGGGUGGAGGAGGCAACGCUAAGUCGGGAGACUCUGGUGAUGCUAACGGAGGCAGCGUCGGCAACUUUGGCAAGGUCGUAGUCAAUGACAAGGGAGCUAACAAGGCCGGUAACGGCGGCACCUCCAUCAGUGGAGACGCAUAUGGCGGAAAUGCCUGGAAGCGUGGAUAUCCUUCUUUCCCCAAGUUCGGCAAGGGAGGUAAUGCUCAAACUGGUGAUUCCGGUGAUGUGAACGGCGGAGAUGUUGUCAACGACGGCUACAAGAUCUUCAACGGUCCCUUCGCCAACAAGGCUGGUAACGGUGGCUACACCAAGUCAGGAACUGCUGUAGGUGGUGACGGCAAGGGUGGAGGAGGUAACGCCAAGUCAGGAGACUCCGGUGAUGCUAACGGUGGCAGCGUCGGCAACUUUGGCAAGGUCGUAGUCAAUGACAAGGGAGCUAACAAAGCUGGUAACGGCGGCACCUCUAAGAGUGGGGACGCAUACGGCGGGGAUGCCUGGAAGCGUGGCUACCCUUCUUUCCCCAAGUUCGGCAAGGGAGGUAAUGCUCAAACUGGCGACUCUGGAGACGUCAACGGAGGCGAUGUUGUCAACGAGGGUUGGAAGAUCUACAACGACCCCUUCGCUAACAAGGCUGGUAAUGGCGGUUAUACCAAGUCAGGAACUGCUGUAGGUGGUGAUGGCAAAGGUGGAGGAGGCAACGCUAAGUCGGGAGACUCUGGUGACGCCAAUGGCGGUAGCGUCGGCAACUUUGGCGGCACCGUCAUCAACGGCAAGGGAGCCAACCAAGCUGGCAACGGCGGUACCUCUAUCAGCGGAAAUGCGUAUGGCGGAAAUGCAUAUGCUUAGACAAACCGUCCAUUCUUUUCUUUAGACCACGCUUAGUACUUCUUACUUCCUCCAAAAGCUUAUAGCGUCACCCUCAUUUGUCUGACGUUACGAUCGGCAUGUACUUUGAAUUGCAAUCACUGAACCUUGUUUCCCUUGUUACAAACGAGCCUAUCAGUUCUCAGUUUUCUCAUCGGCAGUGAGAACCUCAGGCGUGCUUUCAAGUAAAAUUAAAUUAAAAAAACGUUUUGAAACCA